AUGGCCUUGAAACCAUUGCGGCUGCAUAUGACCACUCCGAUUCUUCUGAAAUGUCCUGAUGGCCACUACCGGCAAGUAGUAUUUCAACUUGGUCCUUACAUUGGUGACUAUCCGGAGCAAACAUACCUUGCAUGCAUUGUCCAGGGCUGGUGUCCAAAAUGCAUGGCUAGACCAGAGAAUUUAGAUGGAGUUGAUGAAAAUGGUGAUAGAGCCUUUGCAAGAACAUAUGAAUAUCGCCAGGCCUUUGUCCAGGGAGAUAAACGAAAGGUUUGGAGGGAAUUUGGGCAAAGAACUGAUGUCUCACCUUUUACUGAUCAAUUCCCCCGUGCCGACAUCCAUGUUCUUCUUACCCCAGAUCUCCUACACCAAAUCAUCAAGGGCACAUUCAAGGAUCAUAUUGUUACUUGGAUUUGCAGUUACAUUCUUGAGGCGUAUGGGAAAGAUGGUAAUCGAAUUUUGAAGGAUAUCGAUAGAAGAAUUUCUGCUGUUCCAGCCUUUCCAGGUAUACGUCGAUUUCCUGAUGGUCGAGACUUUGCCCAGUGGACAGGUGAUGACUCCAAGGCAUUGAUGAAGGUUUAUAUUGCUGCUGUUGCAGGGUAUAUUCCCCGUGAAAUGGUCAAAGCUCUCUCAUCCUUCAUGCACCUAUGUUAUAUUGCUUGCAAAAAUGAAAUUAACACCCAUGACCUUGACCAGUUCUACCAGUACCUCCAAGCCUACCAUAAAUAUAGGGCUGCUUUUAUCACCUAUGGAACCCGUGAAACCAUCUCCCUCCCUCGACAACAUUCUCUAGUUCAUUAUGAAGAAUCAAUUCGUCAAUUUGGUUCACCAAAUGGUCUCUGUUCCUCGAUUACAGAAUCAAAGCAUAUCAAGGCUGUCAAGGAGCCCUGGCGACGGUCAAACAGGUACAAUGCUCUUCUGCAGAUGUUGACAACCAUUCUCCGACUCGAUAAAAUGGAUGCUCUGCGGAGGAAGUUUGUUCAACGAGGAAUGCUCACUGGUACCACCACCUCAUUCACAGAGGAUUUACUCAAUAUGCCAGACUGGGAGGAUGCUGAGGAUUCCUACCUGGACUUUAUACAGCCAGAGAGAGAGACUGAGAAUGAUCUUGGACCCUGUGACGACCAGAGUGGUGGUGUUUCAGUUCAUUUAGCAUACACUGCUGCUCGUGGGUAUCCUCACACAGUUGAAACCCUUUCUCGCCAUAUAAAUCAACCCAAAUUCCCCCAUGUCCUUCGACAGUUUCUCUUUGACCAGCUCAAUCCACACUCUGAUAUCUUUGGUGAAAGCCUAGAUAUUGACCAGUGUCCUCCAUUUAGCGAAAAAAUUACUGUGUUUCACUCUGCUGUGCUUACUUGCUUUGCACCCAGUGAUGAAUGUGGGAGCAAUGGAAUGUAUAGGGAACGCAUCCGCUCAACCCCACAUUGGCAUGGCAAGCGCCCUCGCAGAGAUACAGUGUUUGUACAGGUAGACGGCUCACUCCCAGGUGUUCUUGGCCUUGCAGUUGCUCGAGUACUCCUCUUUUUCUCCUUCAUCUAUAACAAGAAGAACUACCCAUGUGCACUGGUCAACUGGUACCUCCGGUCAGAUGAUGAGCCUGAUGAAGACACUGGAAUGUGGGUUGUAGAACAGGAAGUGCAAAGAGAUGGAAGACCCACUUUAGCUGUAAUUCAUCUGGAGUCAAUUGCCCACUCUGCGCAUCUUCUCCCCCGCUUUGGUAUAGAUGCUCUUCCAGAAAACUUCCAUCACUCCCAGUCUCUUGAUGUAUUUGAAUCAUAUUAUAUUAACAAGUUUGCAAAUCAUAGAAUGUUUAGUUUUUUAUCUAGCAAUUGA